GUUUUUUUUGUUGCUAAACUGCAAAUUCGAGAGUAAUCCAACUCAUUUACGCCUGAAACUUUCCGUUUAUAAACGACAUUAAUUUGUGUGGUGAGAAUAUUGCCAAUUUUUUCACAAACGACAUUAACUACUACAACUAGUGUUGGGAGAGCAUGAAAUAGACAUGACACGUGGCACACUACAAUCAAAUAACUACACUUUUCUACUCCUACGUUACCUCUUUUCAAAUCUCUCAAUUUGUUUUUAAAAAUCUCCCAAAUGUUUUUUUCUCAACACAAUCCAACAAAACCAACAAACUUAAUCAUUAAAGCCAAGAUUUUUAAUAUAUUUUAUUUUAUUUUACUUACUUUUUGGCAGCUCAAAACUAGAAAAAAAAAAAGAUAAAAUCUUUUUUCUCUCACGACUCUCACUUAAUGUUCUAGGGAUCUGGGUCUCCUUUAUUUUCUCAAAAAACAAAAUUCUCACCUGAUUUGGAUACACAUUUUUAUUAAAAAGAGACUCCACACUCAGUUCAAGAGUACUGUUUUAGUCAAAUUAAAAAAAUCUUUUACUCAACACCCAGAUCUUAAAAUGAGUGCAUUGCUAAAUUAGCAUUCAAAUUACGUGUCUUUAUGCUAGAUCUUGAAUUGGGUAUUGAUUACUUUUGUUAAAAGUAAUUGGGUUUUGUUUUUUGUUCUCUGGUGAUUUGAUAUUUGGUUCUGGGUUUUGGAUUUUGUUGAGUGUGGAGUAAGAUAUCAGUAUGGCUUAUCCAACUGAGCAUUAUGGGUUGUGUAGUAAUGGGGCUUUGAGGGUAGUGUUGUUUUUGGUGGCUACAUUCUUGAUUGGGUACAUUGUCAGACCACAGUUGUACUCUAAGGAGAAUUCUAGUUCUCAAGAUGCUUUAACAUGUCCUUGUGAUUGUGAUUGUCCUGAAGAAUAUGCCUUGUCAUUGCCAUUAGGAUUUGACAACAGCUCAUAUGCAGACUGUGGGAGUCAGGAUCCGGAUAUGCAUGAGGAAAUGAAGAAGGAUAUUGUAGCUUUACUAUCGGAGGAAAUUACUCUGCAGAGAAGAGUGACUGAUGAAUCCGUGGAGCAUACCAGGGCACUGGUAAUGGAUGCUAAGACGACGUCUUUACACUAUCGAAAGGAAGCAGAAAAGUGUAAUGCACAAACGGUUACUUGUGAAGAAGCAAGAGAGAGAGCGCAAGCAGAACUAGUGGAGGAGAGUAAACUUUCAGAAUUAUGGGAGAAACGAGCUCGAGAACUUGGUUGGGAAGACAGCAGAAGAAGAGUAUAUUGAUGAGAUUUGAUAUUCUCAUUAUUCUUUUUGCCUCAUUGAGGUUUCCAACUUCAAAUUGUAUUUAUUUGUGCUUUUUAGUCUCUUUGUGAAUAUUUUAAAACCAAUGAAAUGGUUUUUCCAUCUCUUCAGUCUAUGGUUCCAAUAUUUCAUUUUCA